UCUGAAGGAUUCAUUAGGUGUUUUACCAAGAGGGUUAGGAGGAUGGCUUUACAUAGAAUGUAAGCAAUGUAUUCGAGUUAAGAAAAUCCCACUGUCAAAGCGUCAUUUUACAACACCGAGCAAAAGUGGUCCAGGAGUUUUUGAUGUAAACACCAAAAUUGCAACAGGUACAUGAAUGGCACUCUGAAAAAUUAUAACUGUAUUUUUGUGUUACUUUUUCAUUUUUGUUAUAUAUGUGAUCAAUAAAUGAUUUUUUUUCUUCAGGUUUAAUUCAGUCAUGAUUUGAAGAUAGAAAAAUAUUAACAUGCAUAUACAUGUAACCCUUUUCUUGGUGGGUCAUGGAGAAAUUUGGCUUAAACAGUUACCCCAUUGUAAAUUGUGUUUGACAUAAAUCUGUUUUAAAGGCCUUAAAAUGCAGUACUGUUAUAUACAUGUAUGACAUUGACAGCCAAAAAGGAAAGGGAUAUCAGAAAUUGAUUUUGGUGAACUGAUUAAAAUGAUGCAUCCACAUGUACAUGUCAUGCAUGUACAAUAAAAACAACAUAAAUAAAGUGGAUGUAAGCAAUUAAAGGCAACCAUAAUACUUUCAACAAGGAGAAAAAUUGAUGUCAUGGCAUAGUCAGCUAUUUAAUACCUGACAUGAAAAAUAUAAGACAAUUCAAUUAUGAAGACUAUAGACAGACUAAUUUAAAACCAAGAAAUUGAUGAAAAACCUAUAUGACAGACAUGAACCAACAACAACCACUGAACUUGAUUGUACAGUCUCCUGACUUGGGACAAGCACAUUAAGAAUGCUGAUGGGUUAAUGAGUUCGUGAGUGCUCAAUUCCCCUAACAGCUAGGACUGUGCAUUGUGAAAGAAACUAGUAAAUCAGUUGAUUUUCUUUCCUUGCCAUGCUGGUUUCCGUGUCAAAUGGUGGAAUCUGAAGAGAAUAGUUUACCAUUUGUUUAAUCUGUAAUUUUAAAUUGAACUGAUGGAAACCUGAAGAGAAUGAUGUACAAUAUGUUUUGCAUGGACAUUUCAGAGAAGACUGUUGAUUGUUUUAUUUUCAUUGGAAUGCUUCACGUAGGCCUUGGUGAGACCCAACUUAGUAAUCUGUUGGCUUCGGUGAAUCUUCACUAUUUGAGCGUAUCUGGGUUAAAGACGAGAGAAGAAGAAGUUGGGGCAGCAUUGGAUUCAUAUGCUGAAGAAUCCAUGAUAAAAUAUCUAAAUAUGGAGUCUAAUUUACAGGAAAAUACUCAUGAUUCUGAUGACAAUGGAGAAAACAAAGGGAUUGCAGUUUCCACCGAUACCUGUUGGCAAAAAAAAGGCUCCGGGAAAUCCUAUAAUAGUUUGUCUGGAUGUGCAUCACUGAUUGGACAGAAGACCGGGAAGGUAUUGAAUGUAAAAAUAAAAUCAAAAAAUUGCAGGACUUGUGAUGUUGCCAAAAGAAAAGGUAUAGUUCCAAAAGAGCACAAAUGCAGCAAAAACCAUACAGGCUCAUCUAAAGGCAUGGAGCCAGCUUUAGUGGUUGAUAUGAUAAAAGAUGUAAUAAAUAAGGGUGUCGAUAUUAAAGAAAUUGCUGGUGAUGAUGACACUACAGGUUUUCAAAGGGCACAAAACGUUCUUAAAAUAAAACUUAAGAAAAGAUCGGACAAAAACCAUAUCAAGAAAAACAUAUCAAAACAGUUAUAUGCAAUAAAAAAGAAUUACAAAGAAUUGUCACAAAGGGUCAUCAAUUACAUCAUGCAGAAUUUUUCAUACAUGGUUGCGCAAAAUAAAAAAAACACAGAAGGUGUAACAACUGGCUUGAAAGCAAUGGUAGGACAUAUUUUUGGUGACCAUAGCUUCUGUAAUACCAAGUGGUGUGUCUUCCUUGAACACCCUUUGGCAAAAUUUAGUAAGUUACCAUACGGCAAACCACUUCAAAAUCCAGAGCUGAGGAAGGAACUGGAUAGAAUUUUUAUUAAAAAAUUAUCAAUUCAAGCAGAAAAACUUGCAAAUCUUGCUAGCACUCAAACAAAUGAAAAUCUCAACCAAAUGUUAGCAACAAAAGCACCUAAAUAUAAACAUUAUUCUGCAUCUAACAGUCUAAGUUACAGGUUUAGUGCAACAGUGGCACAGAAAAAUGAAGGCCACAGAUAUGUGCAUGAGGUAAUUAAAUGA